GGGCACACAUCCGGGCUUCCGCCGCGCUCCGCACCGCCACAGCGCCCGCGGACGGACGGGGAGACCCGGAGCGCAGGUGGGGCCGUCCCGUCCCGUCCCGUCCCGUUGGCGGAGAGGCGGAACUUCGGCCGAAGUUGCGCGGCGCGGAGGUACGGGGAGGCUCCACGGCUGAUCCUGCUGAGAGCCCCUGAGAUACAGAACUCUAUGGGAACUGAGACCACUUGACUGCACUCAGCACCUUUCAGGAGCAGCCCUAGGCACCGGGGCAGCUCCGACACAGCCCGGCUCACACCGGGGACGGCAGCGUCGGCGCGCGGAGCAGAGGUGAGCGGCCGCUCUGCUUCCCCUCUUUGCUCUUCGUUCCCCAGAAGAUCUCACACGCACUCCCGGCGCUGUCUCAGGGUCCCUCCCCGGCUCUGGACCCUGCCCGUGUGAUUCCUGAGGACAGCACCAACACGGCCAGCCGCAGCUCUGUGCAAGGUUAAACCUUGUGUUUCCCACUGGCUGUGGCUGCAUUCCCCAAGCUGGGCCCUGCUGACGCACACAUCUGCAGGACUGGGACAAUUAAUUCAGCUGCUUUUCAGCUUUCCAGCAGGGCACUAAAUGAGAAUAUGGCCAAUGGCAUUGAAGAUCUUAUUGGGAUCCCAUUCCCAAACCACAGCAGCGAGGUCCUAUGUGGUCUAAAUGAACAGCGACAUGAUGGUCUCCUCUGCGAUGUCAUCCUCAUCGUCCAAGACCAGGAGUACCGGACCCACCGCUCUGUCCUUGCUGCCUGCAGCAAGUACUUCAAAAAACUCUUCACUACCGGCACUUUAACUGACCAGCCCUAUGUUUACGAGAUUGACUUUGUCAAGCCUGAAGCACUUUCUGCCAUCCUCGAGUUUGCCUACACCUCAACCCUCACCAUCACCGCCUCCAACGUCAAGCACAUCCUCAGUGCUGCCAAGAUGCUGGAGAUCCAGUGCAUCAUCAACGUCUGCCUGGAAAUCAUGGAGCCCGGCAGAGGGGAGGAGGAGGAAGAUGACAAAGAGGAUGAAGAUGAUGAUGAAGACGAAGAUGAAGAUGAGGAGGAAGAGGAGGAAGAGGAAGAAGAAGUGGAAGAUUUUGUCAAUCAGGAGAACCUGACUGAUGGCCAAGAAGUAAGCUGUCACCAAAGCCCUUCCAAGUCUGAUCUUACUGAAGAAGCAUUUACCGAAGCACCUAAAGACUUUCCAAAUCACUACCCGGCCAACAACACCUCUGGACACUUGGGCGUGAUACGAGACUUUUCCAUCGAGUCCUUGCUGAGGGAAAACUUGUACCCCAAGGCAAACAUCCCAGAAAGGAGGCCAGCCCUCUCUCCUUUUGCCCCUCCCUUCUUCCCCCAUCUGUGGAAUGGUGAUUUUAGCAGCUUUCCCCAACUCGAAGAGCCGCAGAUAGACAACGGCCCCUUGGAUCUGGUGAUCAAAAAGAGGAAGAUCAAGGAAGAGGAGGAGAAGGAAGAGCUGCCUCCGCCUCCUUUCCCUAACGACUUCUUCAAGGACAUGUUUACCAACACCCCAGCAGCUCCCUUAGGGCACAUUAAGGCCGAGACCGACUAUAGCGCUUAUCUCAAUUUCCUCAGCGCUACCCAAUUCGGAGGAGUUUUUCCUCCGUGGCCCCUGGAGGAAGAGAGGAAGAUAAAGCCCAAGGCAUCCCAGCAGUGUCCCAUCUGCAACAAAGUCAUCAUGGGGGCCGGGAAGCUGCCCCGGCACAUGAGGACCCACACAGGGGAGAAGCCGUAUAUGUGCAAUAUCUGUGAGGUCCGCUUUACCAGGCAGGACAAGCUCAAAAUCCACAUGCGGAAGCACACGGGAGAACGGCCCUACCUGUGCAUCCACUGCAACGCCAAAUUCGUCCACAACUACGACCUGAAGAACCACAUGCGCAUCCACACGGGCGUCCGGCCCUACCAGUGUGAGUUCUGCUACAAGAGCUUCACCCGCUCCGACCACCUCCACCGCCACGUCAAGCGGCAGAGCUGCCGGAUGGCGCGGCCGCGCCGGGGCCGCAAGCCGGCAGCAUGGCGGGCGGCUGGCUUGCUCUUCGGGCCGAGCGGCCCACCGGUGGAGAAGGCCUUCAUGGUGCCGCCAGCCCUGGAGGAGGUGGGCGGCCUUCCCAUGUGCCUUCCCGGCCCCAGCCCCGAGCACUUUCUGAGCGGGACGAAGGCGGCGUUCAGCCUGCAGGAGCUGGAGGACACCCAGAGGAAGCUGCUGCGGCGAGCACAGCUGGACAUGGAGCGGAACGCGGGCAUCUUCGCCUUCGCCCUUGGCCACAGCGACAACCUGGCGGCCCAACCCUUCUUCCCUCUGGCCGACCCGUGGGGCACAGGGUUCAGCGGGCUGGCGGGGUUGGGCCACGUGGCGCCCAUCUCGGAGGCCACCAACUAGCUCACGGUGGGGCCGCUGCCUUCCUCCCCGCCAGACUCCGCCAUGCGCUCGGGGUUGGGUCACCCAACGUUGGUGGCUCCGUCCAAGGCUGCUGUUGUCCUCAGCGCUCCCAAAAUGUCACUUGCCUUAGCAUGGGGCAUGGCCAUCCCAGGGACUCUCUGCUUGGGGGACACUGGACGCCCACGAGCCGUCCAGACUUGGGUUUGGUAUGUUACAUUCCUUGGCCGUUCGGGUCAAAAGGACUUUUGGGAGUUGUUGGUUGUUUUUUGUUGUUGUUGUUGUUGUUGUUGUUUUUCAUGGGUUUUUUUUUUUUUUUUUUAGUUAAUUCCUAACUCUGGCAACAAAACUAGUUCUGAAGGGGAUCCUGGUUGGUUAGUCCUAAACCAUCCAAAAAAAAAAAAAAAAAAGGCUCUAGUAUCACCCAGGUGGAAUCUGGGUGGAAAAGGGGAUAUUUUGCUUAUUUCUUUUUUUCCAUUUCUCAAUUUCACACAGAGAACCAAACCUCAUUUUGAGCAUUUUCACUCCAGUUGCUUAAAAAGGUGAAGAAAGAUUUGGGGGAGAAUCAGAAAUGUUUAGAUCCGGAGCUUUGGGAAAACAAACCACGAGGGAAUUCUGAAAUGAGAAUCAUUUCAAACCAAAGAUUCGGAAUUGCUCACUGAGAAUUCACCAUUGCUGACCAUGGAUGUUGGUCCUCACUUCACUCUUCUGUCUAAUUCCUACCUACACGUUGAUGGCAAAACUCAACCACACGCUUGGGUGUCCCUGAAUCUGCAGUGCUGGUUGGAAAAAAUUCCGAUGCACAAAUUUUCCUGCUGCUGGCAUCAAGGGGGCCUUGUGGGGAAGGGGCCACUGAAAAAGUUUCUUGCAGACGUGGUUGUCUGCUUGCCAGAGAGUAGAAAUCAUCUGUGUCCACCGUUUGCUGGUUUAGAUCUAAAUGCUAAGAAGUGUGGCUUUUCCUUUCCUCUGCUUCGACAAAUGAAAGGGGACGAGGGGGCCGCCGUCCAUCUCCAUCCAGUCCUUGGCUUGCCCAUGGAUGGUUCCGCUCUGACGCGGAUGGGGGUAGUGGAGAAAAACGUACGGAGAGAAGAAAGAAAACCUUUUGAAGCUGCAUCAAACUCUUUUUCUUUUAACUCUGUGCCGACUUCCUACACGGCAAUGUUUUGUAGAGGACUGGUUCCUUCAGGUGUUUAUUUUGGAGUCGUUGUAAAAUAUCCAAAGAUGCUGAGUACUGUAUGAUCUACAAGAACUUGAAGCACGUUGUGGGGGGGGGGAGGGGGGGGGGGGGUUGUUUUUUUGUUUUUGUCCUGAUUUGUGAUUUUGCUUUUUUUUUUUUUUUUUUUCCUGUUUGUCUAUGGGGGAAAACAUUUGCAGUUUUUCUAUUUAUAACUAUUUUUAUGUGAUUGCUUUAUGUACAAAACAAUGGGGGAAAAAAAAAGAAAAAAAAAGAAAAAAAAAAAGGGGAGAGAGAAACACACACACCAAUAAAUUUGCCUUAGUUACUCACGGGACAAUCACCCUUAACUUUCAUUGAAGCUAGAAAGCGAAUGAAAAUUUUUAAAAAAAGAAAGAAUUUUACGUAUUUAUUAAACUCUAUGAAUUGAUGCUGUUAAAUUAUUAGCAGGACUUGGUGCUCUUGCCUGUGGCCACGCUGAGGAAGCUGAGCUGCCCCCCAACCUCGGCUCCACCUGUACAUAGUUUUGGAAAUCCAGAGCGACCACACGUUCUGCAGCACCCCACUGGAUGGGGAUGCUGGCAUGGCAAUGCUGAUGGCCACUAAUGAGUUAAGGUUGAUUCUCCCGCGUUGCGCUGGGUUGGGUUGUACAGAGCUGGGUGCGCGUUUUGGGGCAGGUGGGUGGAGGAGAGCAAACCCUAUGGUGGUGGCACACGGUGACUCCAGGCCACAGGUAUUUUGGUGGGUGGGGCUGACAUCCCAUCCCAGCAGCAGAGCACUGUGGAAGGUGCCCAGAGAGCUGCGGGUGCCACAUCCCUGGAGGUGCUCGAGGCCACGUUGGAUGGGCUUUAACAUCCCUUCUGAACCAACUAUUCCGUGGUUCUAUGGUUCUGUAAUCUUUGAGGUCCCUUCCAGCCCAAGCCAGGCUGUGGUUCUGUGAGUCAAUGCUGUGGGGCUCUAUGCAGCUUAUGGGGUGGUGGUCCUUGGUCAUCUUACCCCAUGUCCUGUGGUCCAGCUGUGGCAGGCCCCGACAGCGGAUACCAUUGUGAUCCCAUCAUUCACACUGCAGCUAAGAAGCUGCAGAAUUUCCACGUUAUUUUAAUGCUAUUUUUUAAAAGAGGUGUAGGAGCCUGGAGGGCAGGUUGUGGGUGUCAGCAGUGGGACCCACUCCGUGUCAUUCAAAUUCCACACUAGAGAAUAGGCACCCUGUGCCUAUUGAGACACCCCCGUGCUGAACGCUCAGCUUUAGGUGUCCUCAUCUUUAGGCACCUGGUUAGUGGGCAUGGUGGGGAUGGGUUGAACUGGAUGAUCUCAAAGGCCUUUUCCAAACUGAGUGAUUCCACGACUGUGCCUGCCAAGUGAUUUCCAUCCAUUGGUUGCAUGGAAGCAGGCAGGAGAGUGAUUCCCCUGUUCAAGUUGGGGAUGGACCACCUUCAGCAUCAUUAUGGUGGUCUCUCUUCCAUCUACUCAUGCGGUUUGGAAAUCUAGCUUGGUCUCACUGCCCUACUUUUGCAGCGAGUUAUGGUGAAGCUUCUCACCACCACUGACAUUGCUGGUGUUCGGGCAGCCAGAUGUUGUCCAGCCCAUCCGGGGCAGGCCAGACAAACCCUACCACCUCCGCAAAGAGAGGUACAGUGCUAAGAGAGCUCUGGUCUCCCAAAUCUGGCUUCGCAGCUCACGUGGUGCUGAGCAUCCUUGUCAGCGCCUUCACCUUGGGGAGCGAGGUUUUCAUUUUAUAUUUUAAAUCUUGUGGCUUUCAACCUGAUCUUAUAUUCUGAUUUACUUAUAAUGUCAAAAAAAAAAAAAAAAAAAAAAAGGGAAAAAAAAAGAAAAAAAAGAAAAAAAAAAAGAAAAAAAAAGGACUUGCAAGGGGAGGGUGAAAUGAAUAUGUGAAAAUCGCUCGGAGGAGCCGUGUGCUAAUCGGGCACAUGGGAAUGACGGGAAGAAAACCAGCUUUGGGAGAUGCUUGUUAGCAGCAACAUAUGGCUACACUCUGCUCUCGAGCAGCUGCUGUCAUCUGCUGGAGCACCCAGAGCAAAAAGGAAAAGAAAAAGAAAGGAAGGAAGCUUGCACUUUGGGCAGCAAGAGGCAAAUAUAGGGAGACCUUUUUGUUGUCGGGAAUGCCUCGUGAUUGGGUUCGUGGGGUCUGCUGUCACCCUGUGGCACAGCCUGCACCUCCUUGGGCUGCGUGUGACUUCCUUCCCAAGUGGAAAAACAAAACAGAGAAAAGGGAAACAGGCAAAAGCCCUUCCUGCAGAAGAUGCCCCAUGGCCCUGCUGCUCUCUGCCCCUUUGGCCCCAGGAGCUGUGCCACCCCGCUGGCUGUAGGGAACAUACCUGUGGCGUGGAAAUGCCUUUUUGUUCAUUGUUCUCUUGUGUCGAACUGGUGUUUCACACGACUUGCACUAUGGGCUGUAGGCAGAAUGCUGUCAGAUCUCUUGUUCCCCUCUCUCGUUUGGUCGCGACUCCCCUUGGCUAAUGAAGCGGCUGUCCUAUAGGUGUCCCUGUUGCACAUUUUACACCCCUGGAGGAAAAUAAAGUGUUACCGAAGCA